AUGAAGUCAAUCGGCAUCUUCCCGGGCUCCGGCGCCCUGAGCGGCAGCACCUACGACUACCUCUUGAAGCUUCUACCCGCCGAUCACCUCAUCCUGAUCAACCGGCACCCAGAGAAGGUGCCGCAGGAACACAUCAAGAACGGCGUGCGAGCGCGCAAGGCCUCGUACGAGUCGAGCUCCGCGGACCUCGAGGCCGUCUUCUCGGGGAUCGAAGUGCUCUUCCUCAUCUCUUACCCGAGCCAUGUGCACGAAUAUCGGAGAAAGGUACAACUGCCGGCGAUCGACGCGGCGCGCCGGGCGGGCGUGAAGCACAUCUUCUACAGCUCGCUGGCGUUCGGCCGAGACCUCGGGGACUCGUCGCUGGCCGAGGUGAUGCAGGCGCACCUCGACUCGGAGCGCCACCUCGCCGAGGCGGCGGCGUCGGACCCGGGCUUCACGUACACGGCGGUGCGCGAGGGGCUCUACUCGGAGUCGUACCCGAUCUACACGGCCUUCUUCGACGUCAACGCGCCGGCCGACGAGGUCCUCGUGCCCCACGACGGUUCCGGGCCGGGCGUCGCGUGGGUCAAGCGCGCCGAGCUCGGCGAGGCGACGGCCAAGCUGAUCGCGCAGUACUCGUGGGACCCGGACCACUUCCCGCACGUCAACGCCACGGUGCUCCUGACGGGCCCGCGGGCGUGGUCGCUCGCCGAGACGGUCGCGGUGCUGGGGCGGGCGGCCGGGAAGCCGGGCCUGCGGAUCGUCAAGGUCGACGUCGAAGAGUUCGUCAGGCUGCCGCAGGUGCUGGCGCGGUUCGGGUCGCCGGACAAGGCGCGGACGUGGGCGACGGCGUGGCGGGCCAUCGAGGCCGGCGAGACGGCCGUCGUGACGGACACGCUGCGGGAGAUCAUCGGACGGGACCCCGAGGAGUUUGACGUGACCAUCCAGCGGCUGCGGCAGGGACGAGAUUAA